AUGUCCUGCAACCUUGGGAUUAAUUUCUUUUCUGGAAGGUUACCCCUAGGACUGCUCACGGCCGCCCAGGGCCAUCCAAUGCUCGUGGAACUUAAGAACGGCGAAACGCUGAAUGGACAUCUUGCCAAUUGCGAUAACUGGAUGAACUUAAUACUCAAAGAGGUUGUUCAAACCAGCCCAGAGGGUGAUCGGUUCUUUAGGCUGCCGGAAGUCUAUAUCAGAGGAAACAAUAUCAAAUAUUUACGGAUCCCUGAAGAGAUUAUAGAGAUGGUUAAGGAACAACCGCAAAACCAGCCUUCGAACCGCAAUCGUGGUGGACACUCUCACCGGGGCGACAGAGGUGAUCGGGGUGGACGUGGUGGACGUGGUCGUGGCCGCGGACGCGGCCGGGGUGGCAACUGA